UUAAAAUGUGUUUUGGUGCUUUGCCUACGUGUAUAUCUGGGCACCACGUGCAUGCUUAGUGCCACGGAAACUAUAAGAGGGCAUGGAAUCCCCUGUAACUGCUGUCACAACGGGUUGUGAGCCGCCAUGUGGGUGCUGGGAAUUAAUUAAACCCGAGACCUCCGCAAGAGCAACAAAUAAUCCUAACCCCUGACCCAUCUCCUUGGGUCCUUGAUCAGUUUUUUCUUUUUAAUCUUUAUUCUAUUAAAUGUAUACAUUUUGCCCUCAUGUUUGCAUCAUUUGGGAGCCUAGUGACCAGAAGAGGGUGACGGAAUUCCCUGGAAAUGCAGAGGAAAACAGCACUUUUCAAGAAACAUGUCCACACUGCUUCCAAUUGUUGGUUCUGGAUAACUCUAGAGUGCGCCUCAAACCCAAGGCCAAAUUGACACCUAAGAUUCAGAAACUUCUUAAUCGAGAAGCAAGAAGUCAGAUACUCAGUUUUAAAGAAGCAAAACUGUUGAGAAAGUACAAAGAGUCCACAAGUGUGCUGCUGAUUACGUGCAGAACAUGCAACAGAACAGUGAGACACCAUGGUAAGAGUAGAAGCUUUCUGUCAGCACUGAAGAGCAACGCUGCCCCUGCUAUAAAUGAAGCCGGCUUAAAGACACCAAAGAGAAAGGCUUUGGGCUCCACAAACCUCAGUCAAAAUAUGUCUGGUUCCAAAGGCAAGAGCCCCUCCUCGACUCUCAGAACACCUAUAUCUGGACAGUCAACACCCAUUUGUUCCUCAAGAACCGGGAGCAAAAGAAAGAAGCACUUCUCUCAACUGAAAGCACUGCUUAGUCAGAGUGAAUCUGAAAAGAGCCCAAAGCUGGACUUCAGGCACUUCUUAUCUUCUCUAUGAAGAGAAUGACCUUAGAAAACAAUUGUGUACCCAGUCUCUGAAAAUAAGUCAGUUAACAGCUUUUGUCUUCACUUUGAGGUCUGAGCACAUAGAAACUAGGACCAAAAGCAAGCUGUUAUUAGCAUCCUUCAGUGUUUGUGGAAAAAGUGUCUCAUUAAAUGAGUGACUUAGGCCUCUCUGGGUGAGUGUGAAGAUCAGAAAACAAAUGACCAAACCAGAGUGAUGUUCAAGGAUAAAGGUACUGCUCCUGUCAUGCCUAACAACCUCUAUGCAGUUUCUAGGACCUACAAGGCAAAAAGAACCCAUUCUACAUGUUCUCUGACCUCCACACAGAAGAUGAACAAAUACAAUAAAGCGUUUUAGAAACUAA